CCGCAACCGUUCUCAUGCAUUUGUACCACCAUCACCAUGGACCCCCAUUCUAUCAGAUCUCUCUUUCGUUGUCCAGUUUGCAAGAAUAAUCUCUCUAAUCCUUCUACAUUGCAUUGUGGGCACACUAUAUGCGGCAGCCACCGCUCUUGUACCCUUCACGCUGAUACAUCAUACGAAUCUACGAGGAGGGUCGAUGUUUCGCUUCAGAAGAUCAUUGAACUUGCCGAUCGGUCUAAUUCGGGAGUUGGCGAAUCCAGGGUCAGAAACCGCGAUGAUGAUGACGACGACGGCGACGACGACUAUGCUGGGAGACGACCUUAUAAGAAGGCUCGUACCGAGAACGACGACGACGAGGAGGAAAACGAUCUGCUUGCCCACCUUCGUGCAGAAUCUGUUCGGCAGCGGACUCUCCCUCAAAAUGAACCUGUGCUCCCCUCGGGAACACGUCCUCGUAAUAGAUCGGAAUCUUUUGAAAAGGACCUGGUGACAGAGCUCACUUGUGAGAUCUGUCUUUCUCUGAUGUACAUUCCAGUGACAACACCGUGCCAGCAUACCUUUUGCUCGCGCUGUCUCCACCGCUCAUUAGAUCACAGCGAAGUUUGUCCCAUCUGUAGGCAGCAAUUGCCUGGGUUUGCGUACUUUCAGAAUCAUCCUCCCAACGAACUUAUGUUACGGAUCAUUCUCCAAACUUGCCCAUCGGCAUACGAAGACCGACGUACUGCAAUUGAAGCCGAAGAGCAUAAUGCUCGACUCAAGACCCCAAUUUUUGUAUGUCACCUCUCAUUCCCUGGCAUGCCUAUUCUUCUGCACUUCUUUGAACCCAAGUAUCGGCUCAUGCUUCGUCGAUGCCUUGAUUCCCCUUGGCCGUCAUUUGGUAUGAUUAUGUCGUCAUCCGCUUCCUCUGAUCAAAUUGAGUACGGUACCAUGUUGGAGAUUCGUAGUGUUCAAAUGCUACCUGAUGGUCGAAGUAUGGUCGAAACAUGGGGCGUCUGGCGAUUUCGCAUUCUGGAGCGAGGCCUUAUGGACGGAUAUGUCAACGCACGGAUUGAAAGAAUUGACGAUAUCCCGGAUGAAGAAGAGAACGAGGAAUCUGAAAGUCCCGUCGCUCCUGUGGAAGUCCAUCGCCCGUCUACCUUGCAGCGUCUGACUUCCAGAUUGUCGUCAGUAACUUCAACCGCUGAUAGUCCGUCGAGUUCGCAGUUCUUAGCUUCUGGUUCAACUUACAGCGGCAUUGCCUCUACCUCUUCAUUAUCUGAAAGUUCAUCCGAAAGCUCAUCCGUAGUCUUUCCACCACCUCCACCACCUCUUCCUCUUUCCACAAGACUUCUUAUAGAGCAUUGCACUUCGUUUUUAUCCCAGUUGCACACUUCGACUACUCCCUGGGUCGUGCAACGUCUUUCCUACACACAUGGGCCUCCACCUCCUUCAGACCCAUCGGACCCUGCAUUUGACGCUGGAACAUUCAGUUUCUACGUUGGAAUGGUGCUGCCGAUAGAUGAUUGGGAAAAGGCAAAACUGCUCCCCGUUCGAAGUGUGCGGAUGAGGCUGAAGAUGUGCGUCUGGUGGAUCGAGGGUCUGAGACAGCAUUGGUGGUUUGAACGUGGAUGCAUAGUGCUCUAA